AUGGAGCUGAAAGUGUACGCUGAUAACACCGGAUCGGGAAAAUGGACCGUCUACAGCCGCGCUACCGCCGUAGAGCUCGGUGCAUGCUCGGUUGUAGCCGUAUACAACCAACACGGCUUCUUGAUGUCUAACAUAUCUCCGGACGGGAACAGGGAGGCACCCGCUGCAGCAAGGCUGUGUCAAGAGUACAGCAGGGUCAAGGAAUCACUAUUCUGCAACGAACCUGUCAUGUUGUGGAUUCUGUACGAACAGGAGAACCCAGAGAAAGGAGGAAGUAUCAGAGCUGCCAUGCAGAGUGUUCGCGCUGUUCAGGCCUUUGAGCAGGUGUAUUCUGGGGAAUCAUUCAUGGCUAAGACCAAAGAUGCCGGCGCUCAAUUUUCUCUCACGUUCUCGGCUGGUGUUGUCAGGGCUACUAUGCACCGACAGGAUGGGAUGGGGUCUGCUAUUCCGCUUUCAGGGGGGAGAUCGAUUGUGCUGUGUACCUAG